CACCAUGGGACUGCGCCCUGAGUCUUCUUACGUCAAAAUCUAAAGAUAAUUAGACAUCUAAUAAAAAUCUUUAAUCUUUCAGGGGAAAAAGUAGCACCAACUAAAGUCCCUAAAAAACAGUUAGGCUGGCAUUAGUGUCGUACUUAUGACGCGAUUGGCGAGACUCUUCGCUGCCGCGAGAUUGUAAUGGCGAUGCUUAGCGCGUUGUCCGGUCCAUCGUGAGUGAAUCAUGUUGCACGGAGACAUGUCACGUUGAUGCACAAGACAUUGGUGGAACAAGUGAAUACGUAACGUUUUGACAGGCGGUUAUUGCAAGAUCGCAACAGUCGAACGUUCAAGACGAUGGACCAGGCUCCCGCAGGUAUGCAAGCCAUUUUGAGGUUCGUCGAUCCGGCUCCAACAUGUUCUCUCGCACGUACCAUUUCCUCUUUCGUUUUCCACGAUCAUGCCAAACACGCACACUCGCAUAGUAACCUGAAGAUGUAAUAAAUCUUACCUCUGCAUUUUAUCGUUCCCUUUGAAUUGUAUCAAGCGAUCUUUCCCGAAAAAAUGAUAAAUUAUAUUUUAUUUUUCAAUGCCUGGAUGUUUUCUUCAAUUGGGUUACCUGUGAAAGUUUUGUUAAAUUAUGUUGCGUUCUGAAAGUUUCAAUAGGAAGAUAAUAAAAAUGAAGUUUUUAUGGAUAAAUUUGUGCAUUUUAUGCGAUUCGCAUAAUUUAUUGCCUAUUUUAAUAGAUUUUUUCAUUUCUGUUAUUCUUAUCAUUUUGUCCAUUUUUAUAAGUGUAAUAUCUUAGUUAUACUUAAAAAUUUGGUAAUUUGAUUAAUUUAGAGUAUAAAUAAGCUUCUAAAGGAAUGGAGCUACGAACAAUAGCAAAUUGAUGUAACUAAAUACUUUUAUUAGAUUUUAAUUCGUUAUUCGGUUGGAUUUAAUUUGGUUAUUUUUCAUGUAAUAUCUAGAUACAGAGUUACGGAACAUCAUAGACAAACUGGCGCAGUUUGUCGCUCGCAAUGGCCCAGAGUUCGAGCAGAUGACAAAAAACAAGCAGAAAGACAACCCAAAAUUUGGGUUCCUGUUCGGCGGGGAGCAUUUCAACUACUAUCAAUACAAAGUGACUACAGAGCAAGCCACAGCAGCAAACAGCCGCAAACACCGUCUCGCAGCCACUGAAUAACGUCAAUCUUGCGUCCGGUCUGAGUACGCAAAACAAUGGCAUAAAUCCGGUGGUCGGGAUCGGACCCCAAGUCGGAAGCCAAGGCGGUCCCGUUUUACCUGGGCAGAUCGGCGGGGGGCCGGGAAAUGCAGGGCCGCCGAUUGGACCGGUUCCCGGCGGCAUGGGAGGUGUGAAUCCGCCGAUUGGCGGAGUCGCGCAAGCGGUUAACAUCGCGGGCCCACCCGCGUGGCUGCAGAAUGAGCUGGCGAAUCUACAGUCGCAGCAGACGACCUUGCAGGAACAAGUGAGACAAUCAGAACAGAACCUGGCUGCGCAGCAUGCUGCGUUGAUGGCACAACAGCAGGGAAGAGUAGAGGACGCUGUGAGGCAGGCACAGGAACAGGCGUUGCAAAGCAGCGCGCAAAGCACGAACACAGAUCUGGCUGCGUUUGACACGGUGCUACAACCAAUCAUCGAUAGCUGCACCAAGGACAGCAUAAGCGCGGGAAAGGCCUGGAUACUUCAGAAUUCGCUCACUUCGCAAAGUAAUCAAGUCGUCGCCGAUCAUUUGCUGAAGAAGGUUAUUCAAGGAACGACUUUUAGCCAUAAACUACACAUUAUUUAUCUGGUGAACGACGUAUUACAUCAUUGUGCAAGAAAAAAGUCUAUGGAUCUUCGCAAGGCAAUGGAAAGUGUUGUUGUUCCCAUGUUCUGUAACACCUCACUAGCAGCAUCCGAGGAACAGCUGAAUAAGCUGAAUAAGCUGUUGAGUUUGUGGGAAUCAAAGAACAAUUACUUUGACGAAGGGAUCAUAGAUAAGUUGAAACAACCGAGCACAUCGUGGUCAGAAUACCAAGCUAAUUUGGUAGCACAACACGCCACUGCGAUCACCCCUAUCACAGCGUCGACGAAACAGACGUUCGAUAACUACCAGGCGCAGCAUCAGGCAUUCGUCAAUCACGCGCUGAGACAAAUCCAGAAUAUCGAGCAGCAGAAAAUAGCGAUAGAUCAGCAGCUGAAAGCUCCACCACCGCCACCGCCACAAAUAAAUCAGCAAAACAUGCCGAUGCCGCCUAGUCAUUCCGGUCCUCCCGGUACGAUGGGGACGGACGUAAACUUCAGUCAGCCACCUCCAGGAUGGGGCGUACCGCCGUCGAACGAACCACCACCGUUCACCAACGUUCCCCUACCGGACUUCUCGAAGCCGCCGCCAGGCUUCGGACCGCCACCCGUUAUCCACGAACCUUCCGUGGAGGAUUUGAUGCCUAGUAUGCCUUACUUCGAGCUUCCAGCUGGUCUAAUGGUACCCUUGAUCAAGCUAGAGGACGGCGAAUAUAAGCCAUUGGAUCCAGACGCGAUAAGACUUCCGCCGCCGGCUCCACCGAGUGAUCGCCUAGUUGCGGCGGUAGAGGCGUUUUAUGCGCCGCCGAAUCAUGAUUCUCCCAGAGAUAGUGAUGGAUGGGAAAAAUUGGGACUGUACGAGUAUUACAAGGCGAAGAAUGCCGCUCGUAAGCGCAAGGAGGAGGACAUAGCCACUGGUAUUAGGCAGAGAUCCAAAUCCCCAUCGCCGAUCCUGCGACCGAGAUCCAAGAGUCCUAGUCCGCCAAAGAAACGAUACAGGAGCAAGUCGCGCAGCAGAUCGCGCUCACGAUCGCGUGGCAGGAGUAGAUCGAGAUCGCCCGCAGCUAAUCACAGGCGCAACAGUCGCAACAGCAAUCACGUUAGCAGAAGCCGCAGAAGGAGGAACAGUAAUAAGGAUCGCAGUCCGGACAGAAGGAUCGACAGGCAGGACAGAAGCCCGACUCCUCCCAGUUUUCUUGGUUCCACGUACAGCAAGGCACCGCAAGAGAUCGGCAUCGACGAGAGCAACAAGGGACAUCAGUUGCUGAAAAAGAUGGGCUGGGCUGGCGCGGGUCUCGGCGCGAACGAGCAAGGUAUCGAGGCGCCGAUUUCCAGUGGCGAGAUUCGCGACAAGAACGAUCAGUACAAGGGAGUCGGUAUCAACCUGAACGACCCGUACGAGACUUUUCGGAAGAGCAAGGGUCAGGCGUUCAUCACCAGGAUGAAAGCUCGAGCUGAGGAGCGAGCCGAAGAAAGGGCUGAACGCGAUUGAUCGUUAUCGGCGAAGUGUGGAACUGUUCGAAUAUUACUGAAUAGCACCGAUUCUUUGCCUGACACGAGAUCCUCUCUCGAAAAAAUGUCUCUCGAGAUCUUCUCUCGCAUCGCGAUGAUGGAUGAUUGAUUCAGAGUUUUCAGAAGCAUUUAUAUGCGAUUGAUUCGCCUAUGAGGGCUGACUUCGAAAAUCGACGCACUUCAUCGACUCCAAAUUAAGCAAUUGUCUUUUAUUCGAUUUUCAAUGAUCACAAAUGGAUAUCGAAUGUUUUUACGCUGUACCACUCCGAUUACACGAUUUUAUCGGCAGCUGUCACAAUCCUACUCGUAACAGACGGCGACUAGUGAGAACUUGAUUCACGUGGGACAAAAUUGUACAUUUUCGAUCAUAGAUAAAAUUAUAGAUACGACCAGAAUGUAUCUCGAAUUUUCGAUAAUUAUCAUAUAUGCGCAUGAUUUUUAAUAAAUAUUCAGAAUAAUAUCGUAUAAUAUAUGAUCUAUUAUGUGACACAUUAUAUAAAUGUAAAAAAAUUGUGCCUACAUUGGUGAUCUUGAUUCUGUUGUUUCGCAGGCAGAUUCUAUGCAAAAUGCUGAAAAGGAAGGGAAAUUAAGACAGAGUACGUCUUUUAAUAAAAAGACAAGUAUCGAAGGAGUCUCGUUACGAAAGUCUGAUAAAAGAGAUUGAUCGAUUAUAGAUAUCUGCAUUCUAUGUCUCGCGUCGGGCGAGAUUAAAGCGAUCCAAGUCAAUGUCCGUCAGGAGAAAUCUUCGAUCUUGUUUAACAUUUUAAUCGUUUCACGCGCGCGUAACAAUUACAGUCUUGCUCGAUUUUCACGCGUUUGCUGUGCAGGAUGCUAUACAACCCGCGUACAGAAGUACAAGUUUGUUCCAUGCGGUUAUUGCAUGAGCGCAAGGAACGCAAGAGUACUUGUAUUUAGUACGUUAACAAAUGAUUAUAUUGCAUACACGAUGAUAGCUCAAAAAUAAAAACUGUACAUUUAUUACGGAA